AUGGCAAUACAAGAUAGAACACACGAGUUUCGUUCAUGCGUCGAGUCCAUACGAAACAGGUCCGCUGUACCACCCCGAGCCGCUGAGGCGAAACAGAAGUUACUUCAAUCCCACAGCAAUGGAGGAGCAAAGAGCGAAUUCUCGCGUAUGGCCUCUGCUAUUGGGAAAGAUAUCAGUAGUACUGCCAUAAAACUAGGAAAACUUGCGCAGCUCGCGAAACGGAAGACACUGUUUGACGACAGACCAGUGGAGAUUAGUGAAUUGACAUUUAUCAUUAAACAAGACAUUGCGAACAUAAACAGGCAAAUAGCCGCUCUGCAAUCCUAUGUUAAGCAAAGGAAUGCACAAGCAUCAAAAUCUUCAGAGGGGAAACAGAUUGAGGAACACAAUCACAAUGUCGUCAUGAUGCUGCAGAGCAAGUUGGCAAAUACAAGCAUGAGCUUCAAGGAUGUUCUGGAAGUUAGGACACAAAACAUGAAAGAAAGCAAAGACCGUACAGAGCAGUUCAUGUUCUCUACGGCAGCCGCAACCCACCACGCUCCACCGAGUUCGCUACUUCUAAACGGGAGACAAGACCCUAUGGGUGACGGAAGCCGACCUAACUCCAAAGGCAAAGGCCGAGCCUUUCAAAACGAAGACGUUCUCGCAUUGGACCUUGAUUCAGCCGAGGAGGGCUCAACAAAGCACGGAGGCAAUGCAUUCAUGCAGAUGCAGCAAAUCGAACAACAGGACUCGUAUAUCCAAUCAAGAUCGACAGCGAUAGAAUCCAUCGAAUCGACAAUUGCAGAACUAGGACAAAUAUUCACUCAGCUGGCCAAUAUGGUUGCCGAGCAACGAGAAACAGUACAACGCAUUGACGCAGACACCGUGGAUAUCGCGUCGAAUGUGAGUGGUGCGCAGAGAGAGUUGCUCAAGUAUUACGCGAGCAUCUCGAGCAAUCGCUGGCUGAUGCUCAAGGUCUUUGGCGUGUUGAUCGUCUUCUUCCUUAUCUUCAUUCUUGUCUCAUGA